UUUCUAUGCCGCCGACUAAAAAAUGUUUUUAAAGAUGAGCGUGUGAUCAUUUUUAUUUAGAUUUGCAACGACAGUGGAAGUGUUUUGAAGUAAUUGACUUCUUUUGUUUAUAAUAUUCAAAAUAGUUAUAAAUAGUAUCAGACUUCUUUAUAAUGAAAGUCGUUUUAUGGUCUUUGUUUGUGACGUUCAUUUGCUCCCUUUUUUUGUUUGAAGAAGUUUCAUCACUUGGAACGACUAUCGUAGGCGAUAUACUCAUCGAAAGACAAAUUGAUGGCCUUUUGUAUUGUGAUUCAUUGAUUUGUCCCCACGGAACCGCCCAAUGUCAUGUGACCAAACGAAAUGAUCCUAAUGAUUUUAAUUACAUCAUACGACAACGCAAAUGCAUCGCCGAAAAUGGAGCCAUUUUAGGAGAACAGAAAAUAAUUGAACGAAAUAAAUUCCUUGGUAAUGUAAAUGUGAACGUUUUGUCCUCAGGAGGGGUGAGUUCAACUUUUGGAACACCAUUAACACCUCAAGAACAAAAGGAACUUAAUGACUUUUUACAAAAAACCCAAGAAAAUGUUCAAUCACAAGUUAAUGGAGCAUUAUAUCAAGUUCAAUCAUCGCUCGGAAAUCUUUUGGGUGGAAGUUUUUUACCAAAUAUCCAAAAUAUUUUCAAAAUCUAAUUUGAAUAUUGAGAAAUUUGAAAUCUUAUAAACAAGUUUUCAAUGAAAAUGUGCAUUAAAAAAUUCAAACUUUUUAAUAAAGGUAAUGAGAUGAAUGUCAUGCUCUGAACAAUAAAAACUUCGAAUAUCUACUCACAUAAAAAAAA